GGCGUGGAAGCCAGUGACGUAGCCCCGGCUUCGACGGGCUCCCGUGAAUGGACGAAAGCAGGCACCCAGGGAACGUCCCGUUCUUGCCAGUUCCCGCGCCCGUCUACUCUCCGCCUCGUCUUUUUCUCUCUCUCAUUCCUGAGACUGCCUCGUCACACGUCCUUCUCCACCCUCCAUCUCUCCUAUUGUAGUCCGCUCCCCAUUCUCUCUUAUUUUUGUACCACGCUUCGGGUGUCACUGCUAACCCUAGGCUCACGCUUCCCUCUCCUUCCCCCCUGCCCCACCGCGGCCUGUUGGUUCGCGCGUUGAAUGCGGAUCGUCCAAGCAGUUCUCUACCUCUCCCUCUCCUUUACAUCAUUUUAGAUCUUUGUGUAUGUAAGGGGCAUUUGGGUUUGGUGGAGUCCGAUUUUUCUAACCAUUUCAGCGGGAGUUAGGAGGGCGGGAAGUCUGGCGGACCAGGACGGGUCGGCGGCCAUGGACUCCGAUCAGGGCAAGCUGUUCAUCGGCGGCAUCUCUUGGGAGACGACGGAGGAGAAGCUGCGCGAUUACUUCAAGAGCUAUGGCGAGGUGGCGGAGACGGUGAUCAUGAAGGACCGCGCGACGGGGCGCGCGCGGGGGUUCGGGUUCGUGAUAUUCGCGGACCCGAGCGUGGCCGAUCGGGUGGCCGGCGAGAAGCACACCAUCGACGGAAGAACGGUGGAAGCGAAAAAAGCUGUGCCGAGAGACGAACAGCAGAGUAUACCUAGGAGCAACAGCGUGGGUGGCCAAGGGCCUGCAACAUCCCACACUAGGACAAAGAAGAUAUUUGUGGGGGGCUUAGCCUCGACAGUUACAGAGGAUGACUUCAAAAAGUAUUUCGAGCAGUUUGGUACUAUUACAGACGUGGUUGUUAUGUAUGACCACAAUACGCAAAGGCCUCGGGGGUUUGGCUUCAUCACUUUUGAUUCUGAGGAUGCAGUUGAGAACGUGAUCCAGAAGUCGUUCCACGAGCUGAACGACAAGAUGGUGGAGGUGAAGAAGGCGAUUCCGAAGGAGCUGUCGGCGGGGUCGGGGCGGGCUGGCGGGGGGUUCGGCGGAGGCGGUCGCGGCGGGGGCAACUACGGAUCGGGGUACAGCCAGGGAGGAUACGGGGGUGGGAGUCCGGGAGGAGGGAGCGGAUACGGGGGGCGCGGGGACAGCCGGUACGGGCCGACGCCGGUGGGGCGAGGCGGGUAUCCGGGAUACGGGGCCGCGGGGUACGGCGCAGCGGGAUUCGGGAGCAGCGCGGGGUAUGGCGCGGGGAUGAACGGGGGGUAUGGAGGCAGCGCGUACGGGAGCGGCGGGGGGUACGGGAGCGGAGCGGGAGGGUAUGGGAGUGCAGGUUACGGGAGCGCUCCCGGAGCGGGAGGGUACGGAAGCGGGGCGGGGUAUGGCAGCGGGGGCACGGGGAGCGCAGGGUACGGGAGCGCCCCUGCGGGAGGGAGGAGCGCGUGGGGGAGCGGGGGUGGGGGAUACGGGACGGGCGCGAGCUCGACUGGGUACGGGGGGAGCGGGAGCGGGAGCAUGAGCGGAUACGGGAAUGCGGCGUGGGGGACGACGGGGACGGGAGCGGGGGCAGCAGCGAGCUCGGGGUACGGGAGUGCUGCGGGGUAUGGUUACGGGAGCAGCGAGACAGGGUACGGAUCGGCGGGUGGGUAUGGCGGUAGGGGUAGCGGGUACGGAUCGAGCGGGGGAGGAGGAGGGUACGGGAGCUCGGGCGCGGGGACGGGGAGCGGGAGCUACGGUGGGGGAGGGUACGGGGAUGCAUAUUCAGGGUACGCGGACAACACAUGGAGGUCGUCGGGGUCGGAGGCGUAUAAUUCGGGGACGACAGGGUCGGUGGGGGGCGGGAGCGGAGCGGGGUUCGGCGUGGGCGGAGGUGCGAGCGCGGAGGGAGCGGUGAAC